UCCUAACUGAUAUCAUCAUGUCCUCGUCGUCGUCACGCUCAAAUUCUGUCCACCACCAAGACGCGAGCGCCAUGCUGCCCAUCGCUGAAUCCGACGUCGACGGUGCCAGACCCCUCAUGUACCACAGCAACCAUUCGAUGCCCACUGUACCGCCAGAUGGUCCCCCACAAUACGACACAGUACUGGAACUGCCGACAUUCAACCCGUCGGUCGCGCUCGAGGGCUUCACGACGAUGAGCAUGAGCGACCAGCGCGCUCCUAGCCAUUCCGUGCCUCCCAACGACCCCAUUGCCCGCUCAAAAUCGUCCAUGUCGAUGCGUUCGUACCAGUCGGCACCGCAGCCACGGACAUACCAGCCGCCCAGACAUGUCAAUAGCCUACCACCAGCCCCAAAUUACCAUCUUCCUCCCCGACAGUACUAUCCUAUCGACCAGGCCGACAAUGCAUCUAUCUAUACGACAACGACAGACAGCCCAGUCUCGAUUAACAAUGGUGGAUUUGACCGUUUUGAUAACCAAGCUACCGGUGGGUAUGGUUACGACGAACAGGGCAGCUAUGAUUCCAUGCACAUGCAACGAUACCCCCAACAAACAUAUAAUCCUUUGUAUGCCGCAGCAUCCAAUGUCCUGGGCAUGGGUCCACCUCCUGGCCCUCACAAUCCUUCUCCUUCCGCUCCUAUCCCAGCCCCAGCGCAAAACUACUCGUCGAGCCUCAGUACUUACAGUAACGAUUCUGUGCCCACUAAUACCUCUGCUCCACAUUUACCACCACCUAAUGGUUACGACAUCAGGCCUCCCAUGAAUGGCUACGAUCCUAGGCCUCCGAACGGAUUGCCGCUCAAUGUCUUGCCUCCGAACGCAGUCCCUCUCAACGGUCUACCACCCAAUGGGUUACCCCCUAGCGGAUACGACGUCAGCCCUCAUCCCGUUCCCUCAUUAUCGUUAUCGCUAGACGAUAACGCCUCGGAUUUUGAGCCUCGGCCAUCGCUGCAGCGCGCCGGGACGUCUGCUUCAGUAUCUCUCGCUUCAAAAAAGUCCAAAGCGAUCGAUCUCAGUGCUCCUCCUUACACAAAGGAAUAUAUUGAACAAUAUCGGCAACGCAUAAAGGGAGAUCCUGAUCCCGAGGCUCACUUUUUGUAUGCCAAAUACCUCAUCGAUGCCGCUCGAAAAAUCCGUGCUAGCGGCAAAGAUCAGCGAGCUGCCAAAAAGUACAGCGAGCUGCUCAUAACUGAAGCCCUCAAAGUUAUGCGACGCCUGGCUACACAGGGUGAGCCGUAUAGCGAAGCUCAGUUCUAUAUGGCCAACUGUCAUGGUACGGGUGCACUUGGUCUACCGGUAGACCAUGAGCGAGCGUACCAUCUCUACCUUCAAGCUGCCAAACAGAAUCAUGCAUCUGCCUGCUAUCGGGUCGCUGUUUGUAAUGAGAUUGGUGCAGGUACUCGGAAGGAACCUGAGCGCGCUGCCAACUUUUAUCGCAAAGCUGCAUCGAUGGGCGAUACGGCAGCGAUGUACAAGUUGGGAAUGAUACUUCUUCAUGGUUCUCUCGGCCAGCAGCGUAACGCCCGAGAAGCGGUUGGAUGGUUACGACGGGCAGCCGAACAGGCGGAUGAAGAGAAUCCCCACGCCCUGCAUGAAUUGGGGCUCUUAUAUGAAAUGAAAGGCGGUCAGGUCGUCCCUCACGAUCCAAUUUACGCGAAGGGUUUGUUUACUCAAGCGGCGCAUCUCGGUUACACGCAGUCACAGUAUAAGCUGGGCCAGUGCUACGAGUAUGGCUCGUUGACAUGCCCUGUUGAUCCUCGGCGGUCGAUAGCAUGGUAUACCAAAGCUGCGGAGAAGGGAGAUGCAGAGGCUGAGUUAGCCUUGAGUGGCUGGUACCUGACGGGAAGCGAGGGGGUUCUGAAGCAGAGCGAUUCAGAAGCGUAUCUCUGGGCCCGACGGGCAGCGAACAAGGGCCUGAGCAAAGCCGAAUAUGCUGUUGGAUACUAUGCCGAAGUGGGUAUUGGCAUCAAACAGGAUAUAGAAUUUGCAAAGCGAUGGUAUAUGCGAGCUGCAGCUCAAGGCAAUAAACGAGCAAUGAAUCGAUUAACUGAGAUGAAACGAAUGGGAAGUAAACGACUAAAUGUUGCACGACCUACGCGACAGCAAGCAAAGGAUGAAUGUGUUAUUUGUUAGCUAUAAUAUUUAUUGCUUUCAUUUUUGCAAUGGAGAUAAGAAAUCUGCC